AUGGCCCAUUGUGAGCGGGCCUCCAGGCCUCUCAUCCAAUGCCUGCAGAAGUCGUCAAUGAGAGGCAUCUCCAGCCUCCAGCUGCAGUCGACGCGCGCCUUCCAGACCACGACCAUUCUCCGCGACGAAGCCCAGACGGAGGCCAAGACUCAGGCCUUUUAUAAAGCGCCAGACCCAGCACUCGUUUCAAGUCCUCGAUUAGAACGAAGAUUGAUGCGACAGGGUAUCCUGCCGGUGGGAUCUCGCCGACGUCGUGCCGCCCUGCAGAACUCGGACAACCUGCCUUUCGAACAGCUGCCCUACCAAUGUUUCCAGGAGGCGCGGAAAGUCCUGCUUGCGGACCGGGAGGAGAAGUUGAAUGAUAUCACAGCGACAAGCGAAAAGAUUGCUAGGAUUCGGGCCCUAUCUGAGGAGGAGCUAUCAAAGCAAUCAAACGUCGCCCGACUCAAGGCGUUGGAACUCCACCUCGAGCACCUCAAGGUUCAGGCAGAUAUCAACGAUCCUCUUGUGAAGAAGAAGUUUGAGGAUGGACAAGGUGAUAUGAGCAAACCUAUCUACCGCUACCUGGCCGAUCGGCAAUGGAGAGAAUACCGCCGGAAGAUUCUCGUCCAACGUAUUACGCAGAUGAAAGUCAUUCCUGAUGUCCUCCCGCACUGCGACCCCGUGCUGGACACGAAACUAUACUUUGGACGAAAGCCCGUGCCGCCUGGAGAGUUUGUCAAUGCCGCGGUGAGCAGCACGCCUCCUAAGCUAGACAUUCAGAUGUUCGAGGGUGGAGAGAAACUGGUUACAAUUGCGGUUGUGGAUUCAGAUGUUCCCAACGUCGAGACCGACAGCUUCGACUACAGGAUGCACUACCUUGCCGUCAACAUCCCGAUCUCGGCCCUCAACACCAAGGUCGAUCUCAGCCAGCUAUCAGCUGACUCUCAGGUGGUCCUGCCAUGGUUGCCUCCUGUCGCCCAGAAGGGAAGUCCCUACCACCGCUUGUCUCUCUUCAUCCUUGAGCAGAAGGACUCGAAGCCUCUGGACUUUGCGGCCGUCAAGGCCCGCGAGACUGACCGCGACAACACCCUCCUGCGCACGUUACAAGCGCGGUAUCACCUGAAGGCGAUUGGCGCGCACCUCUUCCGAUCUAUUUGGGAUGAGACCACCCUGGAAGUCAUGAAGCAAAUUGGCUUCCCCGAAGCCGACAUGGAGCUCCGGCGCAAGAGGGUCGAGCCUCUCCCCUACAAGAGAAGGAAUCCUUCUACCUUCCGGUAG